AUGGAACUCGUGUCUUUCCGAAGCCUAGAUUGCCGUGCCUUGCCAAUACGCGUUUCCUCACGUCACACCACAUCAUACGCUCGCGCACGGAUGCAGCAUCAUAUCACUCUCGUGGGUCCUCAGGGUGCAGCGCCUUGGCACGUUUGUCGGCCGUCGGGAAGAGACGCGCGAGGGCAGUGGACUGGCGAGCUGAGUACUGGACCCGAUGGCGCAGCGAAGAACACCAGGCGCCGCGAGGGCGAUCGGCGUGGAGAUAGAUAG